AUCUCAUGAUGAAUAUCAUAUUAGAUUAUAACGAAGCCUUGGCCUUUCUAACGUCACUUGUUGAAAAAGUUGAUACGCCUGAAACGCGUGAUGCAUAUGUUCUUGCCGUGACAGAAACAGCUUAUAUAAAGCUUAGAUUAUUUGAUCUUGAGGGCACGAAGACUGCUAUGGAUGAAUGUGAGAAGAUUCUUGAUACAUUUGAUUCCGUGGAAACUGUAAUUCACGCGAGUUUUUAUCGUGUUUGUGCGGAUUUUUACAAG